AUGAAGCUGAAAGGCCGUGUCUUGCUGCCCGAGAGACUCGUUUCAGAAAAUAAUAACCACAUCAAGGUGUUUCUGCCCAACAAACUGAUGGACUGUUUACCAAAAUGUGCAGCUUUGCCCAAAGAGAGACAGCGAUGGAACACUAAUGAGGAGAUAGCGUCUUACCUGACAGCGUUUGAGAAACACGAGGAGUGGCUUUCCGGUGCUCCACGGACCAGGCCAGUGAAUGGCUCAAUCAUACUUUACAAUCGGAAGAAAGUCAAAUACCGUAAGGACGGCUACUGCUGGAAGAAGCGGAAAGAUGGGAAAACUACGCGAGAGGAUCACAUGAAGUUAAAGGUUCAGGGGAUGGAGUGUCUGUACGGCUGUUAUGUGCACUCUUCCAUCAUUCCAACAUUCCACCGAAGAUGCUAUUGGCUUCUGCAGAAUCCUGACAUUGUGUUAGUCCACUACCUGAACGUGCCUGUCCCUGAAGACUCUGGGAAAACGUGCGGGCCCACCCUGUGCUCGGUGAACAGCGAUAGGAAGGAGUGGCUGAAAUGGUCAAAGGAGGAGCUCAUUUGUCAGCUCAAGCCAAUGUUCCAUUGCAUUAAGUGGACGUGUAGCAAUGGUAAUGGAGUAACGGAGUUCUCUGUUGAGCAGCUGGUCCACCAGGUUUUAGAAAGUCACCAAGUCAAACCUCAGCCUCGUACUCACGCCUGCCUCUGCAACAGCAGCUUUGGGACAACGGGGAGUAGUAUUCCUCAUAAAUGUAACAGCACGAAGCACAGAAUCAUAUCUCCCAAAGUGGACAUCCGACUCAAUACGUGCUCAGCCUUAACAGAAGUGCAGAAUCUCUCAGGUGUGGAAAACAAACUGGAACAGGACGAAGGUAAAGCUGACAGUCAGGAGCGAAAGCUUGUGAAGCUACCGAAAACCGUGCUGCAGGUCAAUGGCAGCGAUGAGGUCUCCUUGUCAAAGUCGCUGGGACAGGGCGAGUGUGCCCUCGACCCUCCAGCCUCUCGAACCAACGGCUACUGCGAGAGGGAACUGAGCUCGGUCACCAUUGCCGCCAGUGUGCCAAAUCUCACCGUCGCCACGGUAACCUGCACCAUCCCACAGAACGCCGUCAUCCUAAUGACUGGGAUUGGGGAUAAGGCGGUGUCACUGACUCCCAGUCAGCAGCUCGUUGCUACCAGUUCCAGCAGCCCAGCCUUGCCUGUGAGUGGCCAUGACCUGACUCUGCCUCCCGUGGCUGUUGGCAUCAGCUUGUCUUUGGUUCCCAGUACGACAGCUGGGCUCGUCCUGCCCCAGACUGUCGAGGGCAAUAUGGAUACAUCAGAAACUCACACGUCCACCAAUAACGCUGCCUUCGACCACAACUCUUUCCUAAACAGCCCCAAGCAGGGCCAGACCUAUGGGGGAGGAGGAGGAGGACGGAUUGGCCAGGACGGGAAUACCAAUCCCAGCUCCUUCCGCACCGCCGAUUCCCGAUUUCCAAGCAGCGAUCUGAAGCAGGAGCCGGAUUUCCAGAGAGAGAGUCUGGAGAGCGUGACACCUGGGAGCCUGGAUUUCAGAACACCCCACGCUUCCCCCGACAUCUCUGUCUUCCCUCGGAAUCCCGGUCUGGAUCCGGUCACUCCAACGUUCCCGGUGACUGCCGAGGUCAACUCAGUGACCUCCAGCCCCGGCCCACCGGCCGCGCCGGAGAAAAUGGACUGCAGUAACACGGAGGACCGUAAAAACUUCAGCAGCGUCUUCAGCCCCCUCCCAACCUCUGGGAGCCCCCUUCCUCCAUCCCGAAACCAGUUCUUCGUCCGAAAUGAGGAGGGGUCCACAGGAGCUUUAAUGCCAUCUCCCACCGCCCCCGAGAGUGUGAAAGCGGAACCGGCCUCCCUGUUUCCGCAGGAAUGCGAUGACAGCGUGCAAGAAGACCUGUCACCCUCUGUGCCGAUGGUGACCUUCCAGUCGGAUGUGCCAGAGGCUGAGGUGUCCAUGGACACAACGUCGCAGACAAAUGGUGACACCGAGAUGACAAGGGUACAGGGCAUUGUGGGCAUGGAGCAGCUUGCCAAGUCAGAGGUGCAGUACAAUGUUGGUGGCAGCGCAGAGGAGACUGGAGGCUCAUUGGAAUUACAAUGCAAUCAUGUCCCUGACCUGUACACCAUCAUCCAAAACGACCUCUCCUCUUCAGCAGUGUCUUCAUCCAACAUAGACCUCAACAUUGACCACUUUGAAAUCUCCUUCGACAGCCAGUUCCCGGACCUGAUGUCAGAUUUCAUGGCAGACAGCAGCACAGACUUCCCACAUUACGGCAGUAACCCAGCUACUGCCGUUCCAGCCGAGGGCUCAGCGCAGACCGUCUCUGCACAGUUUUCAGACCUGCCUUCUCCAAUCAGCUCCUUCCCUCAGCAGCAGCUCUCGCUGGGCACUGCUACAAACCUGGCAUUUCCCGAGGUGCCAGGAACUCCAGCAGAUCCAACACCUGCUUUGCCCAGUGGCCCAGCUCAGAGUGGGCAAAAUGUGACCAUCACCGAUUUCUCCCCUGAGUGGUCUUACCCCGAGGGUGGUGUGAAAGUCCUCAUCACAGGCCCGUGGAAUGAUGGCAGUGAGCAAUUCUCCUGUACGUUUGACCAGGUCACAGUCCCAGCUUCGCUCAUUCAGUCUGGUGUCCUGCGCUGUUACUGUCCAGCUCAUGAAGCAGGGCUGGUGAGGUUGCACGUGGCUCGUGAGAACCACUUCAUUUCCAACUCGGUGCUGUUUGAAUACAGGGCUCGGAACUCCUUGGCACUGCCCAGCUCACAGAUCGACUGGCUCUCCCUGGAUGUGACAGGCGCACACACGGACGGAUGCACACAUGUACGGGCGCACGCCCUCAGGUGGACAGAUGCACAGGGGCACGUGCAGGCGGACACACAUGUGAAUAUGCGUGCACACGGAUGGGAUGCGCACACGCACAGGUGCGCGCACGUGUGGACAGACAUGCACAGGCGCGUGCGCAGACGGACACACAAACGUGCUGAUGGACAAACACGAACGGAUGCCCACACGUGGACAGGCAUGCGCGCCUCUUCCGAUUCAUUCGAGGAGAGAAUUAUCGCUGUGUGCGAGGCAAUGAUGUCACGUUCCUGCUGGCUGCGUUCCGAACGGCUCCUUCACAGCAUCAGUUUUCGGGGAAUGACCCUGUUACACCUCGCGGCAGCUCAGGGAUAUGGCCAGCUCAUUGCGACUCUCAUCAAGUGGAGGAGGGUGAAUGCUGAGAGUUUGGAUCUGGAGCAGGAGGUGGAUCCCCUGAAUGUGGAUCAUUUCUCGUGUACCCCUCUGAUGUGGGCCUGUGCCCUGGGCCAUGUUGAAGCUGCUGUCACCCUCUUCGCGUGGAAUAGCCAAGCCCUUGGUAUCCCAGACUCGCUGGGGCGCCUCCCCCUGCAGGUAGCACGUUCCCGUGGCCAUGUGAGGUUGGCCAUGCGACUUGAGGAGCUGCAGAGACAGGAGAAUCAGAUCCAGGACUGCCUGCUGAGGGCCAGGCUACAGGACAGCGAUGGAACAGGUACCAACUGGCAGCGGUGGGUACGAAGCUCUGCUGAAACUGGCAAGGCCCCUUCACCAUCCUCCGUGAGCCCAGAUAUAGGUCUGAGCACUGUCAGCAGUAACUCCUCUCCCUCCUCACUGUCUGAAAGGUCAGGACCUUUGUCAGUGAGCUCUGUGUACUUCAGUGGCUCUGUUCACAGAGAGAUGCCUAUAACCAGCCCUGAAUUGCGCCCCAGUGCUGAGCGAGAUGUAGCCAUGGAGAUCUGUGAGCUGCAGAGACAGGACGUCACCAACACUACUUCGCACCCAGCGAAGGAUCGGAGCCGGAUAGCUCUCGGCAGCAGUGAGAACUCUGGAGCUGCAGGAAACAAGGAGAAGCCCAGUACCCUGUGGGGCCUGCAGGAGGAUGCCGAACCUCGGAAAAUCCGGAAUGGCAGCACAGCUGACCCCCACUUCUUCCUGGACUAUGAGGCCGCUCUAAUGACCAACAGCACCAAGCAGUACUCAAUGGUGACAGGGAGAGAUUCCAUGGAGACAGAUUUGCUCCGUUUCAGUGAAAAUGUGGAGAAUGAAGACUUCCUGCCCCCGGUCGAUGUAUUACAGGUUGAUAUGAUUACUUUGGCGGAGCAGAUUAUUGAUGCCACUCCAGAGAGGAUCAAGCAGGAAGAUUUUAACACCGUCGAGACAGCUCUGAAAGAGCAUCAAGACAAUGCAGCGAUCAGUGACACCAUGAGCUGGCUGGCCAGCUACCUGGAGAAUGUUGACCAACUUCCAAACUUCUCCCAGCACAGGUCUAUGUACAGCCAGCCACUGACACCCCCAUCAAACCCCUGCCUGAGCCCUGUCAACUCUCCACUCAGUGACAUCACCUUUGAGAGAGUCGAUACUCCAGCCAACACUGAUUGGUCAGAUUUCCUCAAUGCAUCAGCGAAUGGGAAGAUGGAGAGUGAGUUUGCAUUGCUGACUCUCUCAGACCAUGAGCAGCGAGAGCUGUAUGAGGCAGCACGUAUCAUCCAGACUGCCUUCCGCAAGUACACGGGCAGGAGGCUGAAGGAACAGCAAGAGAUCGCUGCAGCUGUCAUCCAGCGUUGCUACAGGAAGUACAAGCAGGUAUAGUGCACUGUC